AGUGUGACAGUCAACCCAAAGGUUAUAUAUAUAGAGAGAGAAGAAAACUGUUUAAUGCUAAAGAACAAAGAAGAUUCUUGAAAACAUCUUUUGAAUAUUUUUCAUCAAUAAAAGAAAAGGGUUUCAAAAUCUUCACUUAGAAACAUUACAUUUUAUCUCCCAUGUUUCUUUUUGCUUGUCCCAUACAUAAAGUUUGAAUCUUUUUACCUUUUUCAUAAAUUGUGCAUAUAGAUGGGAAGAUCCCCACAAUUCUUGGAAAAAGGUAGGAGCUUUUAGUUUUAUAUUUUUUCUUUCUCUUUCUCAUUUCAAGAUUCCAUGGUUUUUUGUGUGUCAUCAUAAAAAAGAAUCACUUGACAGUUCUUGGUUGUGGGGUCUCCAGCAUUUUGAAGAAGUGAUGCAUAAAAUCCAAGAGGUUGGAUAACAGGUCAAGCUGCAACUUUGAGUUAAUGAGAGUUAUAGUGAUGUCUGGGGUAUAUGACUCAAGAACUGGUCUAAUACUGAUUUGGAUAGUUCUCUUGUUGGCUUUUGUGAUGAUGGUUUAUCCUACAGAAGGAUUGAAUGCUGAAGGAAUGCACCUAAUUGAGUUGAAGAAGAACUUGAAGGAUGAGUUUAACAAUCUUGGAAAUUGGAAUCCUAGUGAUGAAACACCGUGUCAAUGGAACGGCGUAAAUUGCACUUCUGAUUACUAUAAUCCAGUUGUUCAAUCGCUUGAUUUAAGGUCUAUGAAUCUUUCAGGCACUUUGAGUUCUAGCAUAGGUGGUCUUGUAUAUUUAACAGUUCUCGACCUGUCUCAUAACCGAUUCACUGGCAAUAUUCCGAAAAAAUUAGGGAAUUGCUCGAAACUGCAGAGUCUCCAGCUCCAUGAUAACGAAUUUUACGGGCAGAUUCCUGAUGAAUUGUACAACCUUUCUCGUUUAAAGGACUUAAACUUGUUCAACAACAUGAUAUCUGGUCCUAUUUCAGAGGAGUUUGGUAAUCUCUCUUCUCUAGUUUCUUUUGUUGCAUAUACCAAUAAUCUCACUGGUCCGCUCCCUCGAUCACUCGGGAAGCUAAAAAAAUUGAAAACAUUUCGAGUGGGGCAGAAUCCGCUUUCCGGAAACUUACCCGCGGAGAUUGGUGAUUGCCGGAGUUUACAAGUUCUUGGUCUUGCACAAAAUAAUUUUGGAAGAAAUAUACCCAAAGAGGUCGGUAUGCUUAGUCGAUUGAAACAACUUGUUCUUUGGGACAAUCGAUUUUCGGGCUAUAUUCCGAAGGAACUCGGAAAUUGUACAAAACUCAAACUGCUUGCUUUGUACCAGAAUAAUCUGGUUGGAGAAAUUCCUGCUGAAAUAGGUAAGCUCAAAUUUCUCAAGAGGUUGUACUUAUACCGGAAUGGAUUAAACGGUACAAUUCCAAAGGUCAUUGGGAAUCUUUCUUCAGCGAUAGAAAUCGAUUUCUCAGAGAACUAUCUAAUAGGAGAAAUACCAACUGAGUUAAGUCAAAUAAAGAGACUGAAAUUGUUGUACCUUUUUCAGAACCAGCUCAAAGGUGUCAUACCUCAGGAACUUACUAGUUUAAGAAAAUUGGAACGUCUUGAUCUGUCGAUUAACUACUUAUUUGGCCCUAUUCCAUUUGCCUUUCAGUAUCUCACUGAAUUGGUUCAGUUUCAGCUGUUUCAGAAUUCUUUAAGUGGAAGUAUUCCCCAAGGUCUCGGGAUUUAUAGCCGACUUUGGGUGGUUGAUCUAUCUAACAACUACCUCACAGGAAGAAUUCCUCCAUAUAUCUGUAGGAAUUCCAAUUUGAUUUGGCUAAAUCUUGGUUCAAAUAACUUGUACGGAGACGUUCCACCUGCUGUUAUUAACUGUGUCUCAUUGGUACAACUUCGUCUUAAUGGCAACUGGCUACAAGGGAAUUUUCCUUCUGACUUGUGCAAACUAAGGAAUCUAUCUGCUCUUGAAUUAGGACAGAACACGUUCAAUGGUCUAAUACCUCGCGAGAUUGGAAACUGUCAAAAGUUGCAACGUCUUGAUCUUUCAGGCAAUUAUUUCGCGUAUGAGCUGCCAAAGGAGAUAGGGAAUCUUGAAUCACUUGUGACUUUUAAUGUCUCAUCUAAUUUGCUAACUGGUCAAGUACCACUUGAAAUUCUGAAAUGCAAGGCGCUACAACGACUUGAUCUCAGCAGGAACAGAUUUAUUGGUGAUAUGCCUGAUGAAAUCGGAAAAUUGGCACAGCUUGAACGUCUUUUGGUUUCGGAUAAUAAGUUUUCUGGAAAGAUACCAGAAGCAUUGGGCAGACUUUCUCGUUUGACCGAGUUACAGAUGGGUGGAAAUUCAUUUUCGGGUGAAAUACCAUCAGAAUUGGGUAAUCUUACCGGUCUACAGAUUGCGAUGAAUCUUAGUUACAACAAUCUCUCUAGUACAAUACCACAUAAGCUUGGAGAUCUUAUCCUACUAGAGUAUCUUUAUCUCAACAAUAAUCAUCUGACUGGUGAAAUACCAAUCACAUUCGGAAACUUAACAAGUUUAAUGGGCUGUAACUUUUCUUACAAUAACCUCGCCGGACCACUGCCAAAUAUACCGCUGUUUCAGAAUAUGGGCGUCACCAGCUUUAUCGGAAACAAAGGCCUUUGCGGUGGUCUUCUAGGUGAAUGUAAUGAAUCUCCUACUUUCAGUCCUGAUCCUCCAGUCAAAAGUGCUGGUGCUCCAAGAGGGAAGAUCGUUACUGUUGUUGUUGCUGUUGUUGGUGGAGUUUCUCUUGUUUUGAUUAUAAUAGUUUUAUAUUUGGUGAAGCGGGAUCCAGUUGCAUCCAUAAAAGAAAGGGACGCGUCAUUUCCAGCUUCGGACAUAUAUUUCCCUCUCGAUGAGGAGUUCACUUUCCAAGACCUAGUUGAGGCGACAAACAAUUUUCACGAGAGUUAUGUUGUUGGAAAAGGAGCUGUUGGGAAGGUUUACAAAGCAGUCAUGCAGUCUGGUCAAAUGGUCGCUGUUAAGAAGCUUGCAUCUAACAGAGAGGGUAAUAAUAACAUAGAAAAGAGUUUCCGUGCAGAGAUUUCAACUCUGGGAAAGAUUAGGCAUCGUAACAUUGUGAAACUGUACGGGUUUUGCUAUCAUCAGGGUUGUAAUCUGCUAUUUUACGAGUACCUGGACAAAGGUAGCUUAGGUGAAUUGCUUCAUGGUGCAUCGUGUAGCUUGGACUGGCCUAGACGCUUUAUGAUAGCGCUUGGGGCAGCUGAAGGCCUUGCUUACCUACAUCAUGAUUGCAAGCCACAGAUCAUCCACCGUGAUAUAAAGUCCAAUAAUAUUUUGCUUGAUGACAAGUUGGAAGCUCAUGUUGGUGAUUUUGGUCUUGCUAAAGUUGUUGACUUGCCUCAAACUAAGUCUAUGUCUGCAAUUGCUGGAUCAUAUGGCUACAUAGCCCCUGAAUAUGCAUACACCAUGAAGGUUACAGAAAAGAGCGAUAUCUAUAGUUACGGAGUAGUCCUUUUGGAGUUGCUAACAGGGAGAACGCCAAUACAGCCAUUAGAUGAAGGAGGUGAUCUUGUCACUUGGGUUAGGCAUUAUAUUCGGGACAAUUCAUUGACACCGGGAGUACUUGAUAUCCGAUUGGAUUUGACAGAUAAAACUACUGUUAGUCACAUGCUUACGGUCUUGAAAAUUGCUUUACUUUGCACUUGUAUGUCUCCGGCAGACCGUCCUUCUAUGCGCAAGGUGGUAUUAAUGUUGAUAGAGUCUCAUGAGCGAGAAGGUAACUUCAUCUUGUCUCAAGUUUGAUCUCCCUAUGACAGAAACAUAAUAAACUGUUAAAAUGCUAUGUUGCUCGGACUCUCCAAAAAAGCCGUCAGGUGCAUAUCGGAUACUCCAAAAAUGGACUGCUUUUGGAGGAUCCAAAGACGCACCCCGAUAUUUUUGAAGAGUCCGAGCAGUAUAGGCUAAAUGUAUAGAAAACGCUUUCUUCGAUUAGCUCUCUAGUGCUAAUUCUCCUUGUAUUGUGUUUUACAGCUAAAUAAUCAAGAUUAUCACAUGUUUCUGAAGAUGUAAAUUGUAUCUCACUUUGUAGAAUGAGUUUAGAGGUGAUAAUGCUACUCUGAUUAGUUCUCAGUCUGAAGUUUUACAAUAUAAUUAUCCUUUGUGCUCCUUCAAUCUGUUGUAA